AUGCGGUGGUUGAUGGCGGUUGCCACCGGUGGGACUGUCAUCUGCUUAGUUGCCAUUGCCCACAUGGCUGUAGGUAUUGAACUGAAAGCUGAACCCGAUUAUGGACCAGUCGCAUAUGAAUUCCACUAUUCUGUGCACGAUCCCCACACCGGCGACAUCAAGAGCCAAAAGGAGAGCCGCAAAGAUGACAAAGUCGAAGGAUCCUACGAACUGAUCGAUUCCGAUGGACACCGCCGAUUGGUCACCUACAAGUCAGAUGCUCAUAGCGGUUUCGAAGCAGUCGUUAUUCGCGAACCAACCAAUAUCAAGAUUCCAGUACCGGAACCAAGUCACAAAAGUUUGACAGGUGCCAAAAUCAUCACUCCUUUACAUUUGACCGCAAUUAAGCCUGCUCCAUUGGUGCACUAUGCCCCAAAGCCGGCGCUUUUGGUUAAGUCCGCCGAAGGACAUGCUCCAUCACAUGGUAACUUUGUAUCCUUCUCCGGACCCAAUCACAAGUACAACUAUUAG